ACUUAGGUUUUACAAAUUUUAUCAAGGACUAAACCGAGUUUAUUUUUCUGAAAGGUAAACCAUGUUACAUUUUUCAUUCAUGGCCAGGUUUCUCUUACCUCGUACCACAUUCUAUUGUGUUCCUGUUCCCGCCAUUUUUGAAAACUCAAAAUCUUCAUUCUCCUCAAUUUCCUUCAAAACCCAUUCACAAAAUGACAGCUUUUCAGAUACCAAACAACAAAUUACCACAUUGUGUUCCAAAGGGCACAUCAAAAAAGCCUUUGAAAGUUUCCUCUGUGAUAUAUGGACAGAACCUCGUUUGUUCUCAAUUCUCAUACAAUCAUGUAUUCCCACAAACUCUGUUUCUUUAGGAAAACAACUUCAUUCUUUGAUUUUCACUUCUGGGUGUUCCUCAGAUAAGUUCAUUUCAAAUCAUCUUCUUAACUUUUACUCAAAAUUUGGUGAACUUAAUAAUGCUGUUAAACUGUUCGAUAGAAUGCCGAGGAGGAAUUAUAUGUCGUGUAAUAUCAUGAUCAAGGCUUAUCUUGAAAUGGGUAAUAUUGAGAAUGCUAAGAAUCUGUUUGAUGAAAUGACUGAGAGAAAUGUUGCGACGUGGAAUGCAAUGGUUACUGGGUUGGUUAAGUUUGGAUUGAACGAGGAGGCGUUGUUGUUGUUUUCGAGGAUGAAUGUGUUGGGGUUUGUGCCGGAUGAGUAUUCGUUUGGUAGUGUGCUUAGGGGAUGUGCGCAUUUGAGAGCUUUGUUUGUAGGGGAACAGGUUCAUGCUUAUGUUGCAAAAUGUGGGUUUGAGUUUAAUUCAGUUGUUGGAUGCUCGUUGGCACACAUGUAUAUGAAAGCUGGAAGCUUGUGUAAUGGGGAGAGGAUUAUCAAAUGGAUGCCGAAUUGUAAUUUGGUUGCUUGGAAUACACUCAUGGCUGGAAAAGCUCAAAAUAGGUGCUUUGAGGGGGUUCUGGAUCAUUACUGUAUGAUGAAAAUGGCAGGAUAUAGACCGGAUAAGAUUACUUUUGUGAGUGUGAUCAGUUCAUGUUCGGAGUUAGCCACCCUUUGUCAAGGAAAGCAGAUUCACGCUGAAGUAAUCAAAGCAGGAGCUAGCUCUGUAGUUUCUGUAAUUAGUUCAUUGGUCAGUAUGUACUCUAAAUGUGGAAGUUUGCAAGAUUCCAUUAAAGCUUUUUUGGAAUGCGAAGAACGAGAUGUUGUAUUAUGGAGUUCAAUGAUUGCUGCUUAUGGUUUUCACGGUCAAUGUGAAAAAGCUAUCAAGCUAUUCAAUGAUAUGGAGAAGGAGAAUUUGGCGGGAAAUGAAGUUACUUUCUUGAGUUUGCUAUAUGCUUGUAGUCAUUGUGGACUGAAGGAUAAAGGGCUUGAUUUCUUUGACAUGAUGGUAGAGAAGUAUGGACUCAAGGCGAGACUAGAACACUAUACUUGUGUAGUUGACCUACUAGGCAGGUCUGGUUGUUUAGAGGAGGCAGAGACUAUGAUACGAUCCAUGCCUGUAAGCGCGGAUGCUAUUAUAUGGAAAACAUUGUUAUCUGCAUGUAAAAUCCACAAGAAUGAAGAAAUGGCAAGAAGGGUUGCUGAAGAAGUUCUUAGGAUUGAUCCUCAAGACCCAGCUUCGUACGUUCUAAUUGCUGGUAUUCAUGCUUCAGCCAAAAGGUGGCAGAAUGUUUCUGAGGUGAGGAGAGCCAUGAAAGACAAGAUGGUGAAGAAAGAGCCAGGCGUAAGUUGGGUAGAAGUGAAGAAUCAGGUUCACCAGUUCCAUACGGGUGAUAAAAGCCACCCAAAGUUUGUGGAGAUUAAUCAGUACCUUGAAGAGUUAACUUCAGAAAUGAAGAUGCAGGGCUAUGUGCCUGAUAUUAGCUCUGUCUUACAUGACAUGGACAACGAGGAAAAAGAAUACAACUUGACACAUCACAGUGAGAAAUUAGCUAUUGCUUUUGCUUUGAUGACCAUCCCAAAGGGAGAGCCAAUAAGAGUGAUGAAAAACUUGCGGGUUUGCAGUGACUGUCAUGUUGCAAUAAAGUACAUAUCAGAGAUUAAAAACUUAGAAAUUAUUGUGCGAGAUUCAAGUAGGUUUCACCAUUUCAAAAAUGGGGUAUGUUCUUGUGGAGAUUAUUGGUAAUAUUUAUUCAUCAACUUCCAUUGUGGAACUUGUUCUUGAUCCUGCAGUGCUUGCAAGUAAGAGAUAUUAUGAUUAAGUUCUUGCUAUGGCUCUUCAGUCAAUCAAUUUCCUUCUCAUUUUUCACGACCCUUUUACAAUAACAGCUUAGGUUUUCAUAUCAAAUUCCCUUCUCAUUUAUUGUUCCUUCUCGGUCCAGCAAAAAUUUAGAAUGAACACUCAUAAUUGAUGCUCUGCCUAAUACCUCUGAUGGUCCCAAGACGGCUUGAUAAUGCUCACUAAUAGAUACCUCCAUUGUGUGUUUUUAUAUAAUAGCUGAGUGGUUUUGUGCCCCCAAAUUUAGGCAGUUACUACUUACCCUUAAGUGGGCAUGACCACCCAGACAUAUACAAGACGUGGAUCCCAGUGGGUAAUGACAGAAAAAUACGAUGUAUAGUCAGUAUACCUUCCAUGAAAGGUCAUUUGUUGCAAAAACUAAAAAAUUGAUGAUGGAACAUGAAUUAUAGAAGUGCCAUACGAUUCUUAUUCUUGUCCUUGCAGGCACCUGCAUGGUUAUUGGAGAUGGAAUUUUUACCCCAGCUAUAUCAGGCAUGUCUUCUCUUGAAACCAAUUUAUUGUUCCCAUUUUAAUAUAUUCAUGAAUGCCGACUUGCUCGCUGUUCACCAUAGUAAGUUUAUCUAUCAAAGUAUAUGCUUUUGAAUGUUAUUAUGUGCGCACAUUUGUGCAGAUUUACCAAACUGUGAUAGCAAAUGGAAAAAUAUUUACAGGAUGAUUAAACAAGCACAAUGUUGUGCAAUAUAACUUGUUGGAAGGAUUUUGAAUGACAUUAUAUAUUACUUGAUACUAAAAGACUGAGCAACAAUAUGAGGGAGCAACUGGAAAAAUUUGAUAUCAGUAUCGUACUUGGAAAACUUGUCUUCCUUCUUACUUGGUUGAUUUGGACAAGUUUCUUACCAUAUGAAUAACUUGAGUCAUUCAAUAGAUGCUUUUUAUUGUUCUGUUCCAGUUUUGCAGAUAGAAUAUACUGGCCAGUAUUUGUUGUUGCAGCAACGGCAGCCAUAGUUGCAACUUGCAAGCCAGGCCACAAUAACUGCAACUUAAUCAAUUUUUAAGCAAGCCCUUGCUCAUGGAUGUUUGGCCAGAGUUAAAGUUAUAUAUAUAUACAUCAAAGAAAUUCAUUGGCUAGAUGUAUAUUCUAUAGAUAUAAAUUGAGUCCUUAAUAUUCUUUGCAUUUUCAUUACUUGUGGAUUUGAAAAUGUGAACAGUCAGUUCUUCCCUUGUUCAAUGUUCCUGAUUAAUAUUAUAACGCUAUUAAACAUCCCAUGUUGUAAGUUUUCAAUUUCAGGCUUGAUAAUAACUAUGAAGCACAAA